AUGUAUAUAGCCAGAAAACUGACUAACGAAGCGCUUAACAAAGCUAUUGGCAAACUGUCUAUCGGCUAUACAGACAUUCCCUCACCACCAACACCCGCACCAGCAUUGAGUUAUUCAACUCAAAUUACACAGAAAAGGAACAAAGAAACACAACAACAACAACAGAAAUUCUCUGAUGAAGAAGGAGAAGGAGGAGAAGAAGAGAUUAUAACACGAUUACGACAAGAAUAUAAUAUACAAUUACCUUCAAGAAUUAUUGAUCAGCAUCAUCGGUCUACACAGAGUCCACUGACUAUAAUCAUGAGUACAACACCAGAGGAUACAACUGCACCCACGCCAACAACAUCAAUCGAUACACCAUUCAAAAUUGAACAAGAUGUCUACAGUGAAGUGUCGAAACAAACAAUCGCUAUUCAUGCUAAAACACGCAUAUACAUGUUUGAAGCGGAUGAAGGUGAAACAAAAGAAGAAGCACAAGGAGAAGGAGAAGCAAAGGAAGAAGAAAUGAAAGAUACUGAUGUGUAUCCAGUGAAUGAUGCAAAUGUUAUUCAGUCAAUAUCACAAGAAUGUAGCCUCAAUAAAACUGACAAUCAAGUUGUCUUACAAACUUCACUAUUAGUUACAAGUCCAAAGUAUCUGACACAAUUGAUUGAUGAAGAGAUUACUGAUUUACGUGUAGAACAACAGCAUAUCGGUGUGAUCAGUGGAUCAGAUUACAGCACCCUGGCGAAAUACUCCCCAAUGGACGGAGGCAACGACAAUGACGACGACAAUAACAGAGAGGUGGAAAAUCUUUCAAGAUUAAGAGAAAGGCAAGAGCUCCAGCAACAACAACCACAAACACAAUCUCCAGAUGGAAAAACAGUCACUAUAAGUCCUACCAGUGUUGUCGAUGACUAUAUGGCAUCAGAAGUCAAUGAUGACCAGGAGGCAGAUGAAGGCAAGUCGACACAACAACAAAUACAAGAAGAAUUAUCUGCGCUUAGUUUUGCAGCACCAUCAACACAUGAAUUCAGUGGACCAGUGAAGAGACGAGGCAGUGAUGACAGAACACAAAAUGACCAGCCGAUAGCAGAAGAAGAAGAAGACGAGGAGAGAUUUCACCAGACCCCCUGA